UAGAUUUUUUUAGGCUCCUGAGCUGACCGUUUUCAUCCGUGGCUUUGCAGAGGUGUUUUUUCUAGCACAGAUACUUGCUUCAGAUCUUGUUUGGUUUUACGUGUAAAGCACUUUUCGUGGAUUUUUACGGCUUUUUAGAAGGGAGGACUCCGUAGAAGUGUAUUGUGGAUUUUGAAGAGAUUUGUAAUUUAAAACACUUAGGCAAAUUACAGAAGAUCCUUCGUGCUUUCCAAGCUGGUGAAGUACAAGAUAGUACUGAAAAUCUUGUUUUAUUUAAAUGGAGGCUUCUUAAACAGUGAUUUCUUCCCCACAGCACCCGAAGCUCUUAAAUCUGCUGCAAAAAUUUGCAUAUAUAAAAAUGGGUUUGCAUUCUCUCUGCUGCUGGGUCCGACAAGAGACAGAUGGGGAAGUGUUCUCACCGGGCCGCUCUGCCCAGGGUGAAAGGAGAAGAAAAAAAAAAAAAAAACAACCAAAAAAACCCACCCUAAAACCAGGCACCCAAACGCGCAGAACGCCAGGUUUGGGGGUGAAAGGAUCCCGGGGCUGGCGGAACCCGCCGGGCGCAGCGCACCCCGCCGCCGGCGGGGGCCAGGGCUCCCUUCCCCCUCCCCGGGGCCGCCCUCCUUGGGGCCAAAUGGUCCUGGGACACCCCCCACCCCCCCAAACACGGGGCAUGGGGAGCUACGGCCGGCUGGAUAGCGCCGGUUUUCGAAGGGUCCGGCCCCGUCCGGUGGCCAGAAGAGAGAAGGAGCAAGAAAGGGAAGAACAGUUAAUGGAAGACAAGAAAAGGAAGAAAGAGGAUAAGAAAAAGAAGGAAUCUGCUCAGAAGGUCACAGAUCAAAAAACCAAAGUGCCCGAAGUGACGAAACCAAGUUUAAGCCAACCAGUGGCUGCCAGCCCAAUUGGCAACUCUCCAUCGCCACCAGUCAAUGGUGGCAACAAUGCCAAAAGGGUGGCAGUGCCGAACGGACAACCGCCAAGCGCCGCCCGCUACAUGCCUCGGGAGGUGCCGCCGCGAUUCCGUUGCCAGCAGGACCACAAAGUGUUACUGAAACGUGGGCAGCCCCCUCCGCCAUCCUGUAUGCUCCUUGGGGGUGGAGCAGGGCCUCCUCCCCCAACAGCACCAGGAGCAAACCCAAACAACGCACAACCAGUGACAGGAGCACUGCUGCAGAGCGACAGUGGGACUGCAACAGAUUCAGCAAUUGGAGGUGCUGCUGCUUCAAAUUAUGCAAAUUCCACUUGGGGUCCUGGAGCCUCCUCCAACAGCGGCACCAACGCCAACCCAACUCACAUCUGGGACAAGGUGAUUGUAGACGGGUCUGACAUGGAAGAGUGGCCUUGUAUUGCCAGCAAAGAUGCUGAGUCUUCUUCCGAAAACACCACCGAUAACAACAGUGCCUCGAACCCUGGCUUGGAGAAGAAUGCUCUGCCAGGAAGCACCACUAGUAACAAAGGAAAAGGAAGCCAGUGCCAGUCUGGAAGCGCUGGAAACGAAUGUAAUCUUGGGGCCUGGAAAUCUGAUCCCAAGGCUAAAUCUGUUCAAUCUUCCAACCCUGCUGCCGAGAGUAACAAUGGACUAGGUAAUUGGAGGAACUUGAGUGGACAAGACAGAAUUGGUCCCAGUUCUGGCUUCAGCAACUUUAACCCAAAUAGCAACCCGUCUGCUUGGCCGGCACUGGUUCAAGAGGGCAAUUCUAGGAAAGGGACUUUGGAAUCUGAUAGUGGUAGCUCCAAUGCACAGAUUAGCACAGUAGGUCAGACCUCUAGGGAACAGCAGUCAAAGAUGGAAAAUGCGGGUGUUAACUUUGUCUCUGGCAGAGAACAGGCUCAAAUUCAUAACACUGAUGGACCAAAAAAUGGAAACACUAACUCCUUGAACUUAAGUUCACCAAACCCUAUGGAGAAUAAGGGAAUGCCCUUUGAAAUGGGCUUGGGGAACCCUUCCAGGAGCACUGACACCCCUUCACAAAGCACUGGAGAAAGAAAGACUGGGAGUGUUGGAUCUUGGGGUACAGCUAGGGGGUCUUCUGGAACUGACACAGUCUCUGGACAGAGCAAUUCUGGAAACCAUGGGAACAAUGGAAAGGAUAGAGAGGACUCCUGGAAAGGAGCUUCUGUUCAAAAACCUAAUGGGUCAAGAAGUGAUUCUUGGGAUAACAAUAACCGGUCUACGGGUGGUGGGUCUUGGAACUUUGGCCCUCAGCAUGCAAAUGAAAGCAAAUGGGGUGAAGGGAACAAAUUAACAUCUGGGGUCUCUCAGGGAGAAUGGAAACAGCUGUCUGGGUCUGAUGAACUGAAGAUUGGAGAAUGGAGUGGUCCAAACCAACCAAAUUCUAGCACUGGAGCAUGGGACAAUCAAAAAGGCCACCCUCUUCCUGAAAACCAAGGCAAUUCCCAGGCUCCCUGUUGGGGAAGAUCUUCCAGCUCUGCAGGAAGUGAGGUUGGAGGUCAAAGCACUGGAAGCAACCACAAAGCAGGAAGUAGUGACAGUCACAAUUCUGGACGCCGAUCAUAUAGGCCUACGCAUCCUGAUUGCCAGGCAGUCUUGCAGACUUUGCUGAGCAGGACUGAUUUGGACCCCCGAGUGCUUUCAAACACCGGCUGGGGCCAAACUCAAAUUAAGCAAGAUACCGUAUGGGAUAUUGAAGAGAUGCCACGGCCCGAGGGGAAGUCUGAUAAAGGAACUGAGGGGUGGGAGAGCUCUGCCACACAGACAAAGAACUCAGGGGGCUGGGGCGAUGUACCCAGCCAAAGCAAUCAAAUCAAGUCUGGAUGGGGUGAGCUCUCAACCCCAACGGAGUGGAAAGACCCCAAAAAUACUGGAGGAUGGAAUGACUAUAAGAACCCCAAUUCUUCUAACUGGGGGGGAGGAAGACCAGAAGAAAAAUCAUCUUCCUCUUGGAAUGACAGCUCUAGUAAGGAUCAGGGGUGGGGUGGACGGCAACCUAAUCAAGGAUGGUCUUCUGGAAAGAACGGUUGGGGAGAGGAAGUUGACCAAACAAAAAACAGCAACUGGGAAAGUGCAGGAAACAAGCCAGUGUCUGGUUGGGGUGAAGGUGGGCAAAAUGAGAUUGGAACUUGGGGUAAUGGUGCAAAUACAAGCGCUGCUUCAAAGGGUGGAUGGGAUGAUUGUAAAAGAACUUCAACGUGGAAUGAGACGGGUCGACAGCCCAGCUCCUGGAACAAGCAGCAGCAGCAGCACCAGCAGCAACAGCAGGAGGCUUCUGGUUCCUGGGGUCCACCGCCCCAAACUCCAAGUAAUGGGCGACCUCCAAACCCAAACUGGAACAGUGGACCACAGCCAGCUGCCCCCAAAGAGGAGGAGCCUAGUGGCUGGGAAGAACCUUCUCCACAGUCAAUCAGUCGUAAAAUGGAUAUUGAUGAUGGCACUUCAGCGUGGGGAGAUCCCAGCAGUUACAACUACAAGAAUGUGAACCUGUGGGACAAGAACUCACAAGGAGGACAGGCCCCACGGGAGCAGAGCCUGCCUACUCCAAUGACUAGCAAAUCACAAGCAUCAGUCUGGAGCAAAAGCACUCCACCUGCUCCAGAUAAUGGUACGUCCGCCUGGGGUGAGCCAAAUGAAACCAGUCCCGGGUGGGGUGAAGUAGAUGAUACAGGAGCAUCGACAACAGGCUGGGGGAAUGCACCUUCCAACGCCCCGAAUGCCAUGAAAUCUAGUUCUAAAUCUAUGCAAGAUGGCUGGGGAGAAAGUGAUGGGCCAGUGACAGGAACGCGUCAUUCCAGCUGGGAAGAGGAGGAGGAGGGAGGAGUCUGGAACACAGCAGGCUCUCAGGGAAGCAGUUCCUCCCACAACUCAACAAGCUGGGGGCAAGGAGGAAAGAAAACACAAAUGAAGUGCGCAUUAAAAGGAGGAAAUAGUGAUUCGUGGAUGAACCCUUUAUCCAAACAGUUUUCUAAUAUGGGCUUGCUAAGUCAAACUGAGGACAUUCCAGGCAGUAAGAUGGACUUGUCUGUAGGUGGUCUCCCAGAUAAGAAGUUUGAAGUAGAUAAACGAGCCAUGAAUCUCGGGGAUUUUAAUGACAUGAUGAGAAAGGAUCGAUCUGGGUUCCGUCCACCUAAUUCCAAAGACAUGGGAACCACAGAUAGUGGGCCUUAUUUUGAGAAGGGUGGCAAUCAUGGUUUGUUUGGAAACAGCACAGCACAAUCGAGGGGCAUGCACACACCAGUGCAGCCACUAAAUCCUUCCCCCAAUAUCCGGGCGCAAGUGCCUCCCCAAUUUCUUUCUCCCCAGGUUUCAGCCUCCAUGCUCAAACAGUUUCCCAACAGUGGCUUGAAUCCUGGUCUUUUCAAUAUGGGCCCCCAGCUUUCUCCACAACAGAUUGCCAUGCUGAGCCAGCUUCCACAGAUUCCCCAGUUUCAAUUAGCAUGUCAGCUCCUCCUUCAGCAGCAGCAGCAGCAGCAGCAGCUGUUACAAAGCCAGAGGAAGUUAUCUCAAGCUGUGCGACAACAGCAGGAGCAACAGAUUGCUCGUAUGGUGAGUGCCCUCCAGCAGCAGCAGCAGAGGCAGCCUGGCAUGAAGCAUUCACCGUCCCACCCUGUUGGGCCUAAGCCACAUUUAGACAGCAUGGUACCCAAUCCUUUGAAUGUGGGUCUCUCAGAUUUACAGACCAAAGGGCAAAUACCUGGAUACGGUUCAGGCUUUGGCUCAAGUGGCAUGGAUUAUGGCAUGGUGGGAGGGAAAGAGGCUGGAACAGAAUCCCGCUUUAAGCAGUGGACUAUGAUGGAAGGGCUGCCCUCUGUGGCUUCACAAGAUGCCAAUAUGCACAAAAAUGGUGCAAUAGUGCCCCCUGGAAAGACUCGCGGAGGAUCGCCCUACAACCAGUUUGACAUAAUUCAGGGCGACCCACUAGGUGGCCAUGCAGGCCCUGCUGGUGAUAGUUGGUUACCUGCCAAAUCUCCACCAACGAACAAGAUUGGAAGCAAAUCCAGCAACGCCAGCUGGCCUCCAGAGUUCCAACCAGGAGUGCCAUGGAAAGGUAUACAAAACAUUGACCCUGAAUCUGACCCCUAUGUGACCCCUGGAAGUGUGCUGGGGGGGACAGCCACAUCUCCCAUUGUAGAUACUGACCACCAACUUCUGCGGGACAACACCACAGGGUCUAAUUCUUCCCUCAACACCUCGCUGCCUUCACCUGGUGCCUGGCCCUACAGUGCCUCUGACAAUUCCUUCACCAACGUUCAUAGCACUUCAGCAAAAUUCAGUGAUUACAAAUCAACAUGGUCCCCAGAUCCCAUAGGACACAAUCCCACUCAUCUCUCCAACAAGAUGUGGAAAAACCAUAUUUCCUCAAGGAACACUACAGGGCUGCCCCGCCCGCCUCCUGGCCUGACCAACCCCAAACCAUCAUCUCCAUGGAACAGCACAGCAUCCCGAUCGGUCAGGGGCUGGGGGGCACAGGACUCAAGGCUUCCCUCUGGUGAGAAGAAUCAACUGAUAGCACCAUUGAUCAGACCUGAGGAGUGUACGUUUUACAGCACUAAUGGUUUGGAUGAAAGAAAGUUGCAGUUGUCUGCAUCUGCUUGGAGUGAUGGUGGCUCAGUUCGUCCUAGCUACUGGCUGGUUCUUCACAAUCUCACUCCACAGAUCGAUGGGUCAACCUUGAGGACGAUCUGCAUGCAGCAUGGCCCACUGCUGACAUUCCAUCUGAACCUGACCCAGGGCACCGCCCUUAUCCGAUAUAACACCAAACAGGAGGCGGCCAAGGCCCAGACUGCACUGCACAUGUGUGUGUUGGGAAACACUACCAUCCUGGCUGAGUUUGCCACAGAUGAAGAGGUUAGUCGCUUUCUGGCACAAGCUCAGCCCCCUACACCUGCAGCAACCCCAAGUGCACCCACAGCAGGCUGGCAAUCCCUGGAGACAGGACAGAACCAGACAGAUCCAGUCGGACCUGCUUUGAAUCUCUUUGGUGGGUCAACAGGGCUUGGGCAGUGGAGCAGUGGUGGCAGCGGUGGCAGCAGUGGGGGUGAUCUCACUGGCGCUUCAUUGUGGGGGCCCCCAAACUAUUCUUCAAGCUUGUGGGGGGUCCCAAGCGUAGAGGAUCCACACAGAAUGGGCAGCCCUGCUCCCUUACUACCUGGAGACCUUCUGGGAGGAGGGUCGGAUUCUAUCUGAACUUAGAACUUUCAACUCUGACCUCGUGACCUUUUUUGGAACAGCAGCAGCACUAACUUGACCUUUUCGUUUUUUUCAACUUGCAAUAAAUACAUUUAUAAAAGGAAAAAAGAAAACGGAGAGAGAAAAAAAGGUGGGUCAUUGACAGACUGUCUGAGCACAUAGUUGCCUCCCUUAUAUAACUUCAGUUUUUUCGUUUGGAAUAUGAAUCCAAAAAGAGAACAUAUCACUCUUGAAAUACUUGAAUCAUGAACGCCAACUUAGAAAGACAAUGUGAAGCAAGUACACAUACCAUUUAAAUUUAAACACAAAAAAUUAAAAAAAUUAGUUUCUAGUUUUUCACUUUUUCAUGUUAUACGGAAGUUGUUGCUAAGAUACAUAUAUACUGAAAAAAUAGCUUUUUAACUUUGUUUGCACUGGGUGUGUUUCCGUCCUUAGGUCUACCAUGUUGGG